UCAGCGACUUAUAGCGGGACUGCGGUGGGCAUUCUGACACUGGGGGGGGGAACUGACUAUCACUGACAUCUCCAGUGACACUAAUACAGUGAUCGAUGCUAAUAAAAAGCACUGACACUGUAUUAAUGACACUGGGCAGGAAGGGGUUAACAUCUGGGGCAAUCAAAGGGUUAACUGUGUGCUGUUUGUGUUUCACUGUGCAUGGUGCUUUGUAUUGCUCUAUGCAGAGCAAUGCAAAGCAGCAUGCUGGAGCUGACAGGGAAGAGAUCUGUAUUGUUUACAUACAGACCUCUCCCCCAUCAGUGAUGCUCGGCGAU